AUUUAAAUGUGUUACUUCAAGUCGUCAAGUGGGAAAGCAUCACAAGCGUUGGUUUUUAUUCUCGAUUUCACAGUGUUUUAUUUAGUUUUUUCUGCAAAUUUUGCAUAAAACAUUGAGAUAACUCAGUAUUGUUUUGCAAAAUAAACUUACAUCAGUGGAUUCCUUGUGAUUUUCGUGUCUAAAGUGGAUGUUUUUUUAUGAGUUCAACCUAACCUCACAAACAUUGUUGUGUUGAAAAUGGGUAAGCUCCGGCAACGCGCGAAAUCGGUUUUUGUCGAUCCCAAGGAGAAGGAGAAACUCUUUGAAGAGUUUAAAAAACAAUACGACAAGGAAGAGGAAGAACAAGAGGAGGAUGAGGAGAUUGAUGAUGAAACAGAUACUCUUGAAAAAGAUUUCAGUGAAAAAGACAAAGACCACCUCUACCAAAUGUUCGACAUCCUGGAAACGCACCUUCCGGACACUGAUGCAAUGACGUAUAAGCAACGUCUCUCGAGAGUCAAAUGGGACACUCUCCCUCCGGAAGUGUCAAAGGAAAAGGUGACCACGGUGUUGAACAAACUCAGAAGCCACAGGAAUCUGAGGGAAAUGAUACAGGCAGCUCGUGUAGCACUUACAACUGGAUUUUUUGAGCCUACUACCAGGAGGCAAAGAAGAACGUCAAAUCCUUUUCCAGUUUAUGUGAAGGACGUGCACUUGAAGUUCCGGGAGAAAUAUCCUACUUACAGCAAUCAAGAGUUGAUGAAGUUGAUAGGGCAGAAGUACAAUGAGCUGUCGAAAGAAGAACAAGCGAGUUACAGAUUGAAGGCAGACCAGUUAUAUUUUGAGAAAUAUGGAGUGUACCCCUCUUCUCCUGAUAAAAAGGUAAAACCUAAAAUUCAAGUGAAGUUAGUGCAGAAGAAAGACAUCGAAAAAGAAUAUCCCGAACCGAAGACUCCCUUUGAUUUGUGGUCGAAUAAAAAAAUGCUCAAAGGUUCAAUGGCGGAUUUGUCUGAGCUGAAGGCAGAGUGGAAGUGUUUGGAUAUGAAGGAGAAGGUGAAGUAUAUCCUGAAAGCAAUGAAAUUGGCAAAAGACAGUGAUAAAUCCGCGAUUUCGAAGCAAGAGAAGAAAAUCCUUGACGAAUAUGAGGAACGUCCAAAGUAUCCAGCAACUGCUUUUGGAGAGUUUUGGGCUGAGCACAAGAAUAUGACUAUGAUACAAGUGGCUGAAUUAUGGAAGAAUUUGCCAGAGAAUGAGAAAAAUAAGCGAAAAGAAAAAUUCAAAAUAAAUCUUCGGGAAUAUAAAUCCAAUAUGCAGGAAUUCUUGGAUUCUCUCUCCAAGGAGAGGCUUGAGCUCGAGCAGGCGAAGAAGAAACGACAAAAGAAAGCCAAAUCAACUCGAGACAGUCCUGAAAAGAAGAAGGUUAGAGACAAGUCUGAGGAGAAAUUUAAGUCUCCUAAGAAAAAGAAGAAGGAAAAGGCUCAAGAGGUGGAAGCUUCUCCGGAGCCCGUAAAAAAGAAAAGAAAGAGUCAGAAGAAGGAAUCAACGCCAGAACCUUCUCCUGUCAUUUCCAAAAAGGGGUCGAGAAAGAGAAAAAGGCCAAGGAGCAGCGACACGGAGUUUGAUUCUGAUGAUCAAUUUGAAAAGAGUGAAGUGUCAAAGUCGUUUUCGAAGAAGAGAAAAAUAAAGGAAAUUCCGGAAGAUGCUGAAACGUCCGAAACUCCUCAAACUCCCGUCAAUGGACAAGUAGAGUCCCCAACGAAAAAGAAGAAGAAGAAGAAGGAGCAGAAAGCCCAGAAGAUGGCGCCUCCAGAGCAACCUGUCAGCUCUGUUUACGAUUACUUCUGUAAAUACGUUUAUACUGGAGCUCCAGAAAAAAUAGAGAAAGCCUGGAGCAAGGUUACAAAGUCACAGAAGAAGGAAUAUUUUGAAAUCAUAAGGGACCUCAGUCAGAAGUAUAUGGAGGAUUUAGAGCGGUAUCUCAAAACAUUAACACCAAAGGAAGUGGAAGAGUAUUCACGGAUGAAAAGAAAAUCCAUGCAAACAAAAACAGAGAGUGAUGAUGAAAAUAGUUCAGACUAAAAAAUAAGACUAUUUCCUGAAAUUCGGAAAAGUAGUGUUCAAUUUGACAAAAUAGGAUAAUUACAAUUUUUUUUUGAAGAAUGUAUAUUUUUUUAAGUCUCCUAGAGGAUAAUCUGAAAAUAAUCAAAUUACUCAGAGAUGCAGUAAUUGAAAUUAAGAUUGCAAUUUGAGUACAUAAUAAGUUUUUACGGUGAAUUCUAUGAACUAACACCAUUUAAUAAAUGUAAUUUUACUUAAAAAGGAAAUUUAAAAAUAAAGCUGUGCUUUACUCUUUCCGGACCGUAAGAUAUCGAGCCAUUUGCACGAUUUUUUCCAUAAAAAAAUAUCUUUCAGCUCAGGAAUUAAUAGGGUUCCUGAAAAAAAUAUUCUAGAUAUGUAUCAACAUUCUUAUAGUUUUUAAUCAUCCACGAGAAUUAAAUUUUGAUCUUUUCUAAAUAGUAAGAAAAUCACAAAAUAUCCAUAUUUUCUUUUGAGUGUCCAAAGUCCCAAAGAAUGCGAAAGAGUUAAGCUUAUGUGUUGACUUAAUUAGUGAAAAGAAUUUUCAAGAUUUUCUUUAAAAUUUGAACCAUUCAUAAACCCUAUAAAAAAUGCUAGAUUGUAACGGAAUUCCCAGCCAGGAGCUCGGACAAUUCCAUUGUGUAUUUGCAUUGUGUUUGCAUUAUUUCAUUGUCUCAUCUAAAUUCUUAAAGAUGAAAUUUGAAUCCUUGAAAAAAGGUUUUUUAUUCAAAUUCUUUUUUUAAUGCAAGAACAGAACUAACAUCAACACCUGUAAAUAAAUUCGCAUAAUUGUACAUUAUUUGAAUAUAAAAUUAUCAUUGAUUCUUAAUAAAUAUUACAAAUGAAAUAUGAUCA